AUGGCCGUUGUGGGAAGUACCUGGUUGUUUAAUGACUGUAAAGAAUGUCAAGAAGAAGUUUACCAUAUCCCUAAUAUGGAGGAAACGCAAGCUGAAGGGGAAGAAGAUGCAUUCGUGCUCCCGGAAGGAUUCACAAUUACAGCUCAUCAUGUCUACGAGGGUACUUCAGAAGAGGAUAAUACUCCACCUACUCGAGUAUCAAAAUCGAAGAAAUCGAAGAAACGUAGUAAUGCUCGUGAGCUGCAGUGGAAAGAAGAUGCAGAGGAGGAUGGCGCGGAGAAUUUGACCGCUAGAAUGCGAGCUGGUAUGAAUCAGAAUCAGUAUGGAUCAUCGGCGCCAUUACUUUAUCCUGAGUUGGGUUCUAAUGACUUUCCGGAGUACAAAACUCUAGAGUAUGGUCAGCUUGCUGCGGCGGGUGAGAGUUUCUGUUCUUGGAAGACUGUAACUCAGUAUCCUUACCAAUAUGUUGGCAACGGUAAUAGACCGAUGGUCACGGAUCGCUUUUUCAACAAUGGUAAAUGCUACUUUCAAACUUGGGAUUUACUAAAAGAAGAAUCAAAUCAAAGCCCGAUAUUCCUCGUUCCUACUAAGCAAGUUGAAUACUUCUUGGCUGUUAUUAAUAGAUCACUUGGUAUAAAUCUUACCAUUCCUCUCGGGUCCAAGGGGGCAUUUGAGGCGGUAUUUAAUAGAGACGGCACUCCCUACCCCAGAUAUCUUGGUCGAGCAUUGAACAAAAAAAUGGCGGAUGAGUUGAGGGAAAACGUUCCACCGCGAUACUACAAGCUUGAUGGCGAACCUCCCAUCACAAAACCGCCCGUAGACACAUCAUUUGAGGCCUUUAGAGCCAAGGUCGCUGCUAUGAAUAUAACCGCAAAGAAUAAAAAAGCACAGAAUAAGGAGAAGCAAAAAGUCGAGCGAUUCGCCAAGCAACGAUCUUGGAGAGGUUCUACUAAGCGUGUUCAGCGUUAUCUCGGAUUGCGAAAACGUUCAGAAAAUGACACAGAUCACACUACAUCCGAUGACAAUACAUUCUACGAUCCGGAGGAGCGUACAAAGUUUAUGAUGGAAGACGCCGUCGUUUUCAUCUGUAUAGAUGUUGAAGCAUACGAACUAAACAACAACAUCGUUACAGAGAUUGGCAUUGCUACUUUGGAUGUUCUGGAUAUUGCUAACAUGAAACCGGGUGUGCUUGGAAAGAAUUGGAGAAAGGCUAUCCGUGCAAGACAUUUCCGCAUCAAAGAACAUAUGCAUCUUAAUAACACAAAGCAUGUUCAGGGAUGUCCCGAAAAAUUUGAGUUUGGCGAGAGCGAAUUCAUCUCUAGAGACGACGCACCUCAUGUAGUUGGCACCUGUUUCAAAUAUCCUUUUUCUGACCCUUCUCCUUCUGUCGAACUCGCCGAUAAGAAACGUAACAUCAUUCUCGUCGGCCACGAUGUCGAUGCUGAUAUUCGUUUCUUCCGUCAAAUUGGCUAUGAAAUCAACAAUCUCAAUCUACAUGAAUGUUGUGAUACCACUCUCAUGUGGCGAGCUUUACAACGGGAACCAAAUCCAACCAAGUUGUCUAAUAUCCUUGACCAGAUUGGCGUUACAGCUUGGAAUUUACAUAAUGCAGGUAAUGAUGCCGUAUAUACAUUGCAAGCUAUGUUGGGAAUUGCUUGUAAGCAUUUGGUAGAUAGGAAGAUUGAAAGAAAGGAGAAAGACAGGUUGAAGAAAGACAGGAUUUCCGAAGCUGUCAAAGAAGCAGCAGAAAUGGCCUAUGAGCGUGAAGAAGGUUGGUCCUCUGAUGGUAGUGAUGGUGGUGAUCGCAUCACACCCGAGCAAGCAAAUGCCAAGAAAGCAGCUGAUGCUGCCAUGAAAGCCGCGAGUAAAAGAAAAAAGGUGACAAAUGUAAAUGAGUUGUGGCGGGAUGGCUCUAAACCAGCAACUGCUACUUCUUCUACUUCUUGGGCUGGUAUUACUCAAGGCUCAAACCAGGCUUAUCAAGGAGGAUGGCGAACACCACCUGCUACUCCGACAAAGAAUAAAAAUAUUAAUACUGCUUCCGCUUCUGCUUCUAGAAUCCAGCCAGCACUUAUACCUGCAGAUCAAUUCGGAUAUUCGAGCGGAUAUAAAAGCCCAGUAAUGAAGCUUAACGCAUCAGCUAGCAUCAAUACUAGUCUUCAGUCUGCUGCUGAUAUCAAAACCAACUCCGAAGAGCAAUCAACGUCUAAUAACCACACAGGAGGUGAUUGGAGUCGAGAUCGGACAACUCACGAUACAAAAGCAGUUUCCAUCUCAACACCAACAGACCAAGUAUCUACCUCUAUCCCGGCCCCCAUCAGCCAAGCAUCCACAUCUACAUCUAUAUCUGCCACUAAUACCGAUAUCAAUAUCACUGGCCUUGAAAAAUCAAUGCAAAAUGCUACACUUGCCGAACUUCAAGAACAAGGCAGAAUCCCCGCGGAUCUUUCGGCAAAUGCGCCAAAGAGGAAUCGUAGGGUUAAGUGGUAG